GGGGAGGGCUCGGCUAGCUGAAUCGGCGCGCGUGCGCGCGACGAUCUACGAGGCCAUGCAAGGGAAACGGAUUUUCGGGUUCGCCCUCUUCAUAUAUGGCGCCAAUUACCUCUGCCACCUAAACCGGGGAGUUAACCCCCGCUGACCAAGCCAUCCAAGCGCCGGCGAAGCAGCACCUGAACAUCGCCCCCGAGGGCUCCGUGGUCACUGCGCAUGCGUUAGCUGAGCGAAGGUGAGAAAGAAGAACAAUAUUGCUUUAGUGACGUGACGUCGCAAUGUUGUUCUUUUUUUUCCUUUUUUUUUUUGAAAUAACUACUCUCGAACUCGGACGGCAUGACUUGAGUCUCGUUCGCGUGCGCACCGUACGCACGAUCUUAGGGCUCACCUCUUGUUUUUUGCGCAUGUUUAGAAGAUUAAGAUUGCGGACACUGCGGUGGGCCUGGGCUUGAUGACAUUUGUUGCCCAGCUGCCCGUGCUACCUUGUAUAGGUGUUCUGUGGGGCUACCGCGACGCACUUGGAGCAAAGCUAUCCAGGAAAAUUGACAUUGGGACAUUACUUGGUAGAGCAUCGCAAGCGCAAGGCAGAAAAUACUGCCCUCGCUGGACGUUCUGCGCCCUGGGCACGUACCAGUGGAGCGAUGCCGGUGCGAAGUCCGAAAUGUACCUGGUGCCCGUGGCCCUAUUCCGCGACCCGUUUCUCAAGGGAAGGAACAAGCUGGUGCUGUGCCAGGUGUUGCUGCACGACGGCACGCCGCACGAAACCAACACUCGCUACUCAUGCGCUGAGGUGAUGACGAAAGCUGCCGGCCAUGCACCAUGGUUUGGCAUCGAACAAGAGUACGUGCUUCGAGAGAAGGAUGGUCGGGCGCUCGGCUGGCCCAAGGAUGGACACGUGAUUAGGCCGCUGGGGCCCUUCUACAACGGCGUUGGAGCGGAGAACACCGUCGGAAGGCAAAUCUCGGAUGCCCACCUCAAGGCCUGCGCCUACGCCGGGGUCAAGCUAGGCGGCAGCAAUUCCGAGGUGGUUCUGUCUCAGUGGGAGUACCAAGUGGGGCCACUGGAAGGCAUUGCGGCGGGCGAUCAUCUGUGGAUCUCGCGCUACAUCCUCGAGCGUGUGGCAGAAGACUUUGACGUGGUCGUCUCGUUUGACCCGAAGCCCUUCGAGAGCGACGCUCUCUGCGGCUCUGGCGGACACAUCAAUUUCAGCACCAAGGACAUGCGCAAGCAGGGAGGCCUCGAGCACAUCAAGGGUGCGCUGAAGAAGCUCGAAGUGAACGCCGAUGAGCAUCUGAGGAUCUACGACCCACGCAAGGGCGGCAACGCCAACCGACGACGCCUGCUGGCCGGAAUGCUGGCGACGCCCAACGAGAACUUCAUCACGGACACUUGCUCACGAGAGGCCAGCGUGCGCAUACCGCGCCUCGUGUGCGACGCCGGCCGUGGGUACCUCGAGGACCGCAGGCCCGGUGCCAACGUCGAGCCAUACAGCGCCACCGCGGCCAUCGUUAAGACCGUGUGCCUCGGAGCCUAGAUGACUGCUCGCUCCGCCUCGCUGCCCAUCCUAGUUUCAGCGUGCUGGGGCCUGUCGUCCAGAGCAUGCGGUAUACUGUUUAAGGAAGUUCGCUCGAGAGACCUUGCGUGCACUGUUAGCGCUUUCGUGGCUACGGCGCGCCAAGUUAGCGCGUUGGUAAGAAAUGGAACGCAUCUUCGUGGCUCUUUCUGAUGAUUGCAAAGGAGCCCGAGCUUUCCCCGACCAUUCCCCGUAUACAAUCCUACAGUACGUUACAGCCAAAGAUGGCGGUUCUCCCUUGGCAUCCGAUGAAGUUACCCCCAAGCGCAAACAGAGCCACUCUUUCUGGGGAUUCUCAUGUUUAAUAACUAGAUUAGAAGAACGAGCCUGGGUUUGUGUUUAAUGACGAUGAUGACUGGAACUGCAGCAAUGACACUGCAUGACAGUUAUUUUCGUUUAGUUUUUGCCCGACAUCACACUUCAUUAAUCGUCGUCGUGUUGAGCGCGGACGUCGCUUCCGCUAUCAUAUCGCGAUUGAAGCGGUCCAGUGUGUUGAGGCUGCACGUAGGCUUCGUAUACAAAGUCCGAAUGUCAACGUAUAGCUCUGAGCACGUGACACUUCACAUGGCGACUACCAUUUAUCUAGUAACCCUGGCUUGGAGGUGAUAGCUAGGCGACCGCCACUUCUUUGAAGUGACGCAGAUGGACAUGUGCGGAGGAUUUUAUAAUUGUGUAUUCGGGUCACAAAUUAUGCUUGUGCCAGUAUUUUCCAAAUAAAACCUGAUACAAAUAGCGAUUCCAUCAUGCUCAAGUGCUAAGGCGCCGCGCCGUACAGAAGCGAAUCAGCCUGGCGAUGCCAGUCAACUCAUGAGCGCCCACUGCUGUGCAAGAAUAAAAAAAUGGUUUCUGCAGAAAUCCGCAAGGUGAAAGAUUCACAAGAUAUCUGAAAGUUGCAAGACCCAAGGCCAAGCAUUUGUCCUUCCUAUUUUACGCAAUUUGAGACCUUUACCACACAGGACAAUUAAGAAGAGCGCUAUAUACGUUUAAGCUGCAUGCGUUCGUACAAUGUGCUUGAUCACUAACGUAAUAAGCAGGAGUUUUUCAUACGUGCAAUACAUCGUGCAAGUCUUAUUACCUACAUUGAAGCAAUAAACGCCACGCUUUUUCAAUA